CAUACAUCAAUGAAAAACUCAUUUAUUCAGAUUAUGUAUAAAUCUCAAUUUGAAAAAAAUGAGCCUUAUAACUGGUUUUAUGAUCCAGGGUCAAACGAGUUUUGCAUUUGUAAUUUCUCCAUGUUAAAUUUGACCACAGAACCACCAAAAAUACUUCCCGUUGGAUAUAGAGUUUAUCUGUAGGAUGUUUGUAUAGUCAAUAGAUGGUGUGCGUUUCCCUGUGUAUGUGCGUGUAUUUGUGUGUUGGGUUGCCAGGUGCUUCAGUCUCAUUUGAUUACAGCUUGAGGAAGAGUUUCCCAGAGGGUUUCCCUAAGGGAUUUUGGCAGUCCAACAGCUGCCACCUGGCUGUUUCUACGGCAACUGACCAGACCACCUUCAGCAAGCACACCUUAGAGAAGGAGAGAGGGGGAGACAAGAUACUGCAUACUCUGUCAGGAUGGGCUACGAUCUAGAACGUUUUGUAGGCUAUGUGAACGAGGGUCUACUGUGCUGUGUGUGUCGGGACGUGUUAGAAGAUCCUUUGCAGGCUCCGUGUGAACAUGCUUUCUGCAGCUCCUGCAUUCACGGAUGGCUCAUCCACCAUAACAACUGUCCAGAGGACCGCUUGCCUUUAGACAUCUCACAUCUGCGCCCACUGUUCAGAUACAUGAGGAAUGAUUUAGCAAGGCUGCAGGUGAGGUGUGUGUUCCGGCCACAAGGUUGUGAGGUCAUAUGCGCUCUGGAGUCUGUUCAUCGGCAUGAGCAACAGUGUGAUUACGCUUUGCUGAACUGCAGUAACGCAGGAGACGAGUACUUAUGUUAUCGUUGUGGCUGCCCGGUUCAGGUGUCGAGACGCUCUCUGGAAGCUCAUCUUUGUGUGUGUGAAUACAGCAGUAGAGUUUGUGCAAGCGGCUGUGGAUACACAAUCCUAAACACAGAAGAGGCCCAACACAACUGCGUAUCGGAGCUACGAGCCGAGCUAGACAUGCUCAGGGCAGAAUUAGACUGCAAAGUCGAAGAGGUGAGGCAUGAAAUGGAAUCUCGCUUGGAUUCCCAAAGACGACACAUGGUGCAGAAGGAGAGUCUGCUGAGGAGUGAAGUGGAUGAACUGAAGGGCCAGCUGUCCCGCGUCAUGUCAGACGUCCGCGUUCUGCUGGGUGCAGAGAGAGCGCGCAGACAAGAGCUGGAGAGGGCGGAGCUUGAGAAGGCGGAGCUUCUUGAACUUUUAAAAAAGGAGGGGCUCAGACCAGCCACGCCCUCUGAAGCAGCUCCACCCCCUGUUGAGAUGCAAAGAAAGACAAGCCCAAGAAGCCUAGCUUUGGACUGCAUCAAAAGAAAAAACAGAGAGGUGACAGUCAUCUGAGGACACCCUUUUAAAGGAGAAGUUCACUUCCAGAACAAAAAAUUACAGAUAAUUUACUCACCCCCUUGUCAACCAAGAUG